CAUGCCGUCGUCUUCGUCUACGACGUCACUAAGAUGACGUCCUUCACCAACCUCAAGAUGUGGAUUGAGGAGUGCAACGGGCACGCGGUGCCUCCCCUCGUGCCCAAGGUGCUUGUUGGGAACAAGUGUGACUUAAAGGAACUGAUCCAAGUGCCAUCCAGCAUGGCCCUGAAAUUCGCUGACGCUCACAACAUGCUGCUGUUUGAGACCUCAGCCAAGGACCCUAAGGAGAGCCAGAACGUGGAAUCCAUUUUCAUGUGCCUGGCCUGCCGGCUGAAGGCCCAGAAGUCGCUGCUCUACCGAGACAUGGAAAGGCAGCAGGGCAAGGUGCAGAAACUGGAGCUCACGCAGGACGCCAACGGUAAAAACUCCUGCCCGUGCUGAGCGAGCCGGCC